UUUUGGGAAGUCGUAUUUGAAGUUCGGCUUGAAGCUCUUAGCUCGGAGCGGCUCGUUCAGUGAGAGUGAUACGAUAGCUUGGAUGUCCGAAACGGUCAAUCCAACGAGAAUAUCCCAGAACGGCUGGUUCAACGGGACUGCUACGACACUUCAAGUGAAGUAUAUGUUCUCGUUGAUCCAGCUGGCUGUGACAUACAGGUACAAAGUUAGUAUUGUGGUUUCUCAGGCCCUUCCGAUCAGUGCUAAUGGAUGUCGUUCUUCUGUCCCGGACCAUCUCACAUGUCGAGCAGAACUUCUCGCGGGAUUGCAUAUGAACGUUUGCCAUGUGAAGAUAUUGACACUGCAUUCGAAGGCAGCCUGGACAGCGAUACGGAAUCGCGGAAUGCGAUUGACGACGAAUUUCCGGACAGACAACAUGUAGAACAAAGUCUUCUCCGUAAAGUCGACCUCAGGAUGUCCAUCCUCGUCCUCAUUUAUAUCUUAAACUAUAUCGACCGCAAUAAUGCAGCUGCAGCUAGAUUACGUGGCUUUGAGGACGAUCUUCACCUAGAAGGGCAACAGUUCAAUACCAUUCUGAGCAUUCUUUACGUCGGCUACACACUAAUGCAGGUCCCAUCGAAUAUGUACUUGAACAAGAUAGGGAGACCCUCCAUAUAUCUGCCGAUAUGCAUGGUGAUGUGGGGUUUGAUAUCAAUCCUAACGGGAACAACGACAGGCUUCCGUGGAGCUGUGUGCACUCGGUUCUUCCUGGGAUUCGUCGAGGCCGCAUUCUUUCCUGGUGCUUUAUUUCUCUUGUCUAAAUGGUACAAGCGAAGAGAACUUGGCCAACGAACAGCAAUAUUAAGCUGUGGUAUUAUGAUCAGUAACGCUUUUGGGUCACUCUUAGCAUCAGCCAUUUUGGAUGGUAUGGACGGAGUUAUGGGCCAAGCAGCUUGGAGAUGGCUGUUUUACAUUGAAGGUUCUAUGACGGUUUUAGUUGCAAUAUGUGCCAUAUUCAUCCUUCCCGACUUCCCUACCACAUCGUGUGACUGGCUCACAGCCGAAGAACAGGCUCUUGCUCAAUUUCGAAUGGAGGAAGAUGUCGGUGUAGAUGAUGAAACGGAAUGUUCCAAAGGUGGGGAAUCUGGUCUGAAGCAGGCGUUCUCAGAUUGGAAGGUCUGGUGGCUCGCACUUGCGAUGACUCUCUUGAACGUCUUGCUAUCAUUCAAUGCCUUUUUCCCAACGUUGAGCGCAACGCUGGGUUACAGUUCGACUGUGUCAUUGUUGCUCUGCUCCCCGCCUUGGCUGUUUGCAACGUGUGUAGCAUUUUUUACGUCAAGACAUUCUGAUGAAACAGGUGAACGCUUUGGCCACAUUACGAUCCCUUUACUCGUCGGAAUCGCGGGGUUUAUGAUGGCCAUGGCGACUAUGAACACCGCAGUUAGAUACUUCUCAUUGUUCCUGAUGGCUCAGUCUUAUACCGCGUUUGUCGUGUAUUGGGCAUGGGUUAGCAACUCUAUUCCCCGUCCAACAUCAAAGCGGGCCGUAGCCCUUGCAUUCAUUAAUGCAUUCUCAUCGUCAGGAAAUAUCAUAGGCUCCUACGUCUGGCCAAAGUCAUGGGGUCCUUCCUAUUGGAACUCGUAUGCCAUUUGUAUAGGAAGUGGCGCUCUUUGCAUCAUAAUGUCGUGGAUAUUCAGGCGGCACUUGAUGCGGUUGAAUCAGGAGAUUGAAACUAAGAAGAUAGAAGAAGGAGUGUCGAAGGAUUUCACAUACCUGCUGUGAUUAUCAUAGGCAGGCUAAUAUCCAAUACCUACAUCUACACACCACAACGCAGUAGUCCACAUUCUUUUGUACGUAGAGAUCGUCAUCGCCGUUGAUUUCCUCCUUUAUUGCGGUGGCGGUUGUAACAAGUUACAAUUGCGCGCGAACGGGCCAUACUUGUUUAUGGAAGACAGGAC